AUGGCUGAUAACAGCAGUGAUGAUGAGUAUGAAGAAGAAAAUAACAAGGUCCUAAGGGAGGGCAUGCCACAGGCUCCAGGCCACAGAGGCAAAGACAUGGACCCUGUCCCAACUGCCCCUUCAAGCCCCAAGCACCACCAAGCCCCUUCUCAUGGACUUGAGAGGGUGAGAUGGUAUGUAGAGAGCCAGAAGCUCAGAAAGGAGAAAAAGAAGACCUCACAGUUGACACCUCAGCGGGGCUUUAGUGAAAAUGAUGACGAUGACGAUGAUGAUGACUCAUCUGAAACUGAUUCUGAUGAAGAUGAUGAUGAUGAAGAGCAUGGAGCCCCUCUGGAAGGGGCCUAUGAUCCUGCAGAUUAUGAGCAUUUACCAGUUUCUGCUGAGAUUAAGGAACUCUUCCAGUACAUCAGUAGGUACACGCCUCAGUUGAUUGACCUGGACCACAAACUGAAACCUUUCAUUCCUGAUUUUAUCCCGGCUGUUGGGGAUAUUGAUGCAUUCUUAAAGGUCCCACGUCCUGAUGGAAAACCUGACAACCUUGGCCUGUUAGUAUUGGACGAACCUUCUACAAAGCAGUCAGACCCUACAGUGCUCUCACUCUGGUUAACAGAGAAUUCCAAGCAGCACAACGUCACGCAACACAUGAAAGUAAAGAGCCUGGAAGAUGCAGAAAAAAAUCCCAAAGCCAUUGACACAUGGAUUGAGAGCAUCUCUGAGUUACACCGUUCUAAGCCCCCUGCAACUGUGCAUUAUACCAGGCCUAUGCCGGAUAUUGAUACACUGAUGCAGGAAUGGUCCCCGGAGUUUGAAGAGCUUUUGGGCAAGGUGAGCCUGCCCACUGCAGAGAUUGACUGCAGCCUAGCAGAGUACAUUGACAUGAUCUGUGCCAUCCUAGACAUCCCUAUCUAUAAGAGUCGGAUUCAGUCCCUCCACUUGCUCUUUUCCCUCUACUCUGAAUUCAAGAAUUCACAGCAUUUUAAAGCUCUAGCUGAGGGCAAGAAAGCAUUCAGCCCUCCAUCGAACUCGACUUCCCAAGCUGGAGAUGCAGAGACAUUAACCUUCAGUUGA